AUUUCUGGACUUGAGACAUAUAUAGAUCUAUUGAGUCGCAAAAGAAAGCAAACAAGGAUAUUCUUUAAGAAAGAGACAUGUAUUCGCAGAGUAGGAAUAAUGGUAACAAUAUUGGAGAAUCAGGAGAAGCAAAUUUUAACCAUUAAUGGAGGCAACACAAACCAAAAAUGUGUGAUGAAGAAUAUAUGCUCGUUAGUAGGAUAGAAAGACAUCAAAACGAUGUCAAAACUUCGUUUAAAUUACAGUCAUUUAAUUAUCCCUAUAGUCCUACAUCUUUAGAUAGAGGAAUCGAAAAAGGUAGUAUAACAAAUGGAUACGAAAACGUUUGUCAUUCAGGAGAUAAUGGGUCUACAGAUUCAUCGGGCGGUAACAAUGGCCCGGUCAGCGAUUACAAUCAUUAUGUUUCAUUUGAGUUUUCCAGUAAUAUUUACGAAAAUGAUGGUGACACGUUUCGAACACACAGUGAGUUUGACAGAAGUUCGGUGAUUUUAGAGAGAUCUGACGAUUUUCUAAGUGAUAACAAACACCAGCUACGGACGGAUAAUAUUACUGGUGAUACAUCUAGAAAGGAGUAUAUAGACAAAAACUUGUACCGGCCCACUUUUCAGCAUGACAGCAGCAAUUCCUUGCAGAACGCACGAAGAAUCGGGUUUAUUGAAAAUCGCAGUGUAGACACAGAGACACAGAAUCUUUAUCAGAAUGAAAAAAGAAAUGACAAAAAGACAAACAAGACUGGUCUUGUUGUUAUAUUGGGUGUACUUUUAAUUGCGUGCAUAGCGGGAGUCCUAGCUUGGUUUUUAGCUAAGAAAGGAGAUGAUGAAUUUUCUGUCAAAUACUAUGUUGUGAAUGGUGAAAUGGCUCUGAAAAACGAAUUCUAUCCUGCGCUGUCAGAUUCAUCUUCAACGGAAUUCAAAGAUCUUGCUUUACAGUUUUGUGGUGCAAUAACAGACGCCCUUAGGAAAAAUGACACAAAAUUUGGAUUCCUCUACAGACAUUGUGAUGUAACAAAAUUCAGGAAUGGAAGCCUCAUAGUUCAAUACAGGUUAUAUUACCAGUAUUAUGAAAUUCAAAUUACCAAAGAAAAAAUCUUUCAGGAUCUCAAAAACUCUCUGAGAGACAUAGAUUCCGGCCUCGCAAAUUUUUCAGUCUUUGUAAUCAUAAAGGCAAGUGUGAGUUUCCUUGUAGAAGUUCAGACAUUCAAAACAGAUCCGUUUGCUAUUGAUACACAUUUAAACACUUCAACGACAAUAACAACAGCUACAGAACAAAAAACAACAACAAUGUCUAGUAAUUUCACCACGAAGAACACAACAGAACACCCAAAAGUGUUGACGACAUUGACAACAUCAGACUAUCCCACCACAUCAGCAAACACGGUUGAAAGAUUUGCAGAAUCAACAACAGUGAACGAAAGAGAAAGAUCAACAAUAUCAACAACAAUUCAUACUACAGAGAUUUCCAAAAUACCAACAAACCAUGAGACAAAUGAAAGGAUAAGAUCAACAACAUUUUCGGCGACUAUCAUAGAAUAUUCAGCAGAUGUUGUAGUUUCACCUAUGAUUGCCAUCUAUGGAGAAACCACUACGACAAAGACCUGUGUUGUCUCUCCUCAUGGAGAUUGGGUUCAUGUAACAGUGACUGUAGAGAAUCAAGGUACAUCAUACGUCAUUGGAAAAUACAACAGUGACAACAGUUUCAAAGAGCCAACUGCCUUAGAGAGAUUACGUGCUAGCAUAUCCAGUACAAACACUGACAUUGUAGUUUAUCUGUCAUUGGAUCUACAGGCACCAACUACUGACAUGUGCUCUUGGGAUCGAAAAUACAAAUUUUUGUGUUCCAUUACAAUGAAUGACUCCAUUUCAACACAAGUCUACAAGGGCAGUCAGAUUUCUAUAACUGCUCCUAUAUCUGAUGUUACAAUUGAUUCCAAAGUACACUACAAUGAAGGUGAAAAAAUGACAUUCAACUGUUCAAUGAAAGGGGAUCCAAAUUACAGCAUAGCUUAUGUAGAGCUGACCAAGAACUCCAAGAUUCUCUAUACAAUUCGACCAGUGUUUGGAGCCAAUUACAUUUCCAAUUGUUGUGUGGUCCUUAACUGGUCAAGUGGUCCCUCAACUCCAUUGACUUCACAAGAGCAUGACCUAAUUGUUCGAUGCGUUGUAAAAAACAACUUGCUAAAUGAAACUAGAAAUUCCGAAAAGAAGUUGAAUGUACCUGCUGCUGAUGUUGCUUUCAAAAAAUAUUUAUAUCAGGCUUUGACGACUUCCCGUGAAGAGAUAGAAUGUAUAGCUCGAAGUCCUAUGUCCAUCUUGCAACAACUUAUGAUAUCAAAAGACGACGUCCAAAUUGCUACCUUAAACAGUUCUGGCGUAGCUUCUUCAACCGAUGGGAGGUAUUCUACCAAUAUACAAGAAUAUAAUGGAGGUGUAAGGUUUACAUUGAGUAUAAUCAGUGUCGAGUGUAAGGAUCAAGGACGGUACAAUUGCAAGUUAAUCACAACGAAUUAUACAACAAGAGUUUCACCGAAGAUGUCAUUUAUAGUGGAAGGAUCUAAACCAACAAUGACAUUGCAUCCAGAUAUAUAUGAACCAUUUGCAAGACUAGGUUUAAACCAUGUAUGUUCUACAGAACACAUUGGAGAUGAAAACAAUGACAACUUUUUAGAAAUUCAGAUAUUUCAACCAGGAUCUCGAAGAGCUUUCACGUACUCGAAUAAAAUAGCAGAUGUGGAAAAAAUGUUUGACUCAACCAACAACAUUACUUAUAUAAACAUCACGGGAACAACUGCACAAUUUCUACUUGUGUCACAUACUAGCAGUUCUUCAAAUCUAUCUUGUAACAAUAAAGAAACAAUUACUUUCUUACUGGAUUUGAAAAUGGGUUUUGAUAAUGGUACCAUCAAAUGCGUUUUAAAAGAUGAAAUGGAAGAGUUUUCUGCCGUCGAGUCAACAAUUACGGUUAUUCCAAGGAAUUUUUGUGAUGGAUAUGAGGAUGGGGCUUAUAGAAAACAUCCCAACAAUGACUGUAAUGAUUAUGUAAAUUGUAAUAAAAUACAAGGAAAAAUGUAUGCAACAGGAAAUCGAUGUCCCUUAGGACAAUGCAUUCAGUUCACAACAAGGUAUUGCGUGCCUUGCGAUUCAACCUUUACAUGUGAUGAAUUGACAACGCCAGGACCUACUACAACGACCACAACACUGCCCCCAGGGAGAAGAUAUGUGUCCUGCAAUGACUCUGCUCAUUUCUUUGGAACAACGGCUGUGAUCAGAUGCGUUAUUUUGGAUACUUCGUUUAACAGCUUAAAUAUAACCUUUCUUCCGGAGCAAAGCCAAAAUGAGGAAUAUGUUGGAGAAAUAUUCCCAGAUGGUCAAACACAAUCUCUACCUCAGUCUCCUGUAGUCCUUUCGACGAAUUUUAAUUUGUUCCCAAAGAUCUUAAUGUUCACCUUUCAGCUGCUGGAAUGUAGUUCUAGAGGACGAUAUAGAAUAAUUGCAGGGGAAACAAAUUCUUCUGUUGCACCUUCUGUGGAGACAUUCGAACUCAAUGUUCUUGGUAAUCUGACUGAAUUUGAAAUGCACAUCGAACCUGCAUAUCCAGAGGAAACUUUAGUCGAAUUUAACUGCACGGCUUCUCUUGAUGAGUCUCAUGCCAACAUCAAAGGGUAUUACAAAAAGGAAUCAGAAAGCAGCUUUUCUGAAAUAGAGGGAUCCACAAGUGUAAUUGAGAGAAACUUGUCACACUGUUUUGUUAAAGUUCUAUGGAAACCAUCAACUCCGUUCACUGCAGAUACAAGUUUCAAUAAUGCAGAUUUAAAGUGUGAAGUAGUUGAUUGGCCAUUAGUUCAAUCGACUAAAAAGAUUUCUGUUCAAAAUGCAGAUGUAGCCUUUGAAACCUACAAACUAGAGUCUUCCAUCGGGAGCCAGGUUUCUGUGAAAUGCUUCGCACGAAACACGAAUUCUAUCAAAUCAGUUCUAAUACAAAAAAUAGAAAAUCCCCUAAGUACCACUGUGGUAAAUGUUACUCUACCAGAUAUGACAUCUCAUGUUGAUGGAAUCACAGUCAGCUACUCAAACAACUCCUUGACGUUAACGUUUUCUUCUCUAACCUGCUCUGAUGAUGGACAGUACACGUGCAUUGUCAUUAAAGAAGAUGAAUCGCAGACAGAAUCCCCUGCAUAUCUUCGUGUUCAAAUUAAGAACCCUCCGAAACACGAGAAAGUGGCAUUCAUCUUAAAUCCCGACAUCAAAAAUGAUAAAUACGACACAAGCAACGUUCACACAUGCAGUGGAGACGUAGGAUAUCCUAGUGGUCUGGGUUACUUAUCAUUAAAUUUCACAGACCCAACAACAAACGCUAGCUUCACCUACGACAAAAUGACAGUGACAGAGGACAUGAAGAUAGCUUUAGAUUCACCGCUGAAAUUUAAAGUAAGCCUGGCAACUGGACUAACCAUCAUAAUUGUUGAAGACAAUGAACCAAACAUUGUUAAUUGUACUAGGAAGAAAGAAAUUAAGUUUUUACUUAAAGCAACAAGAGACUGGAAUAAAGCAAAAAUUCGCUGUAGAGUCAUUAGUGAAACUAAUGAAGUUAAUUCUACCUCUCUUAAAAAAGAAAUAUAUGUUAUACCAGAUUCUGUUUGUGACGGUUCAAAUGGAUCUGACAUCUAUGUACCACACGAGAAAAUAGAUCAAUGUAGAACAUACAUAAGAUGCUUCAACAACAAACCAACGGGUCAAAUAUGUGGAAUGGCGAAUUUGUGUUUUGAUCACCAGAAAAAUUAUUGUGAUUGGUGUAGAGUCGUUGCCUGUGAAUCUGAAAUGAGUUCAACGACAGAAAGUCAAAUAACAACUACAUCUUCUAUGCCUGCGGUUCCAGAAAUACAAUGUCCCCUUUUAUCGUGCAAACCAACUUCAGUAUUUGAAAUGGAAAAAGGCAAUAUUGUCUGUGUACUGAACACAUCAAUGACGUAUGAAAAUAUCACGGUGAUGAAAAAUGGUCAAGCAAUCAUGACGGUUUAUCCAAAUGGGACCAAUCACUAUUUCUCGGAUGAAGAAAAGUACGACAGCACAGUUGGAACAUCUUUCACAUUUGUUAUAAAAAACGUAUCUUGUUCGGACGAAAAUGAGUACACAUUUACUGUUGAGGUUGGUGAAGGAGGAAGCUGCUAUAAAACUGCCUCUUUGGAAAUGAAAGCAAAACCAGGAACACCAACACUGGUUAUAGACUACACGUGGACAGAGGGAACCAAUUUAGGAACCCAUUCAUGUACUGGGAGUAUUGGAAACCCUCCUGGAACAAUUACAUUAGAAAUACGAGAUGGAGAAACUGGGAAUUUUACAAGUUUUUCACCAUCUACUAAAUCAUUGACCACCAUGAAGAAAAAUUGUCAUAAUAAUGCAUCAUUAACCUUUUCAAUUAAUUUCAACACCGAAAAUAUUCAAAGUCACUACAUCCGUUGUGUUGCCGAUAGCCAACACACUCUAUUGAUUUCUCCAUUCUAUUCGAGAGAAGUUUUUGUCAAUCCACUCCCAGCAAACGCUUGCUUUGAAAAUGGACUUCAUCCUUACCCAGGAGAUUGUUCACAAUUUUUAAACUGUUAUAGUAAUAUCACACGUGUUUCACAGUGUCAACCAGGGUUGUGCUUCAAAACUUCUUACUGUGGUAGCAAUUGCACAGGUUGUAACACGUAAAUUUUAAAUAUAUUUUUGAUCAAAAGUAACAACUAAUAAAUAUUUUUUAUGUCUGACGAGAUAUGGUUUAAUUCAGACACUAGCAUUCUGAUAAAUGACAAAUGUUUGUUAUAAGAUGAAAGGAUGUGUGUCCCAAGAAGUCAUACAGGCUUCUUACAUUCAAGAUUAAAUGUUCGGAAAUAAGAAUUUGAUUUGCAAAAUUAAAGCUCUAAAUCAACCAACAAAUCAAUAAUAUGUAAGAAUUUAUCAUAGGCACAUUAAGUGUUCUAGAUAAAGAUAACUGUAUAGGUCUUUUCUUCAUAUACUUUUACUAUCUCCGAUUAGAUCAUGUGACGACUGUGUCGUGUUUCGCAAAUCUAAGUGAUUAGUUGUCGAAUAAUUAUCAUACAUAUGGAUUUUUAACGUCGGCUGUACAAAGCUCUGUGAUCAAAUAUACUUGAGAUGGUAUAAAUUCAAUAGUACUCAUCAGAAAAUUUUAAAAAUCUACAAUCCAUUUAUAGAGAGCAUCAAUACAUAUAUGUAUGCAUUAGAACACAUGUAUAGGAAUUAAAUCAAAAGAUAUAUUCGCCAUUACAUGUAUAUUAACCUAGAUCAACCAUUUAAGAUUAAGCACUGCAUAAGAUUGUUAGAUCAUUUACUUACAUUUAUAAAAAAAAAAUGUGUUUAACACUCGUGCAUGAUUGCUGCCCCAUUUAAUAGUCAUUUUUUCGAGUUUGUGGCUAUGUGGAAACACAUGAUUCGAAAUACUUGAAACAGAGGAGACAAUAAAGUAUGGCUACUAGAUCUAUAUUUUUAGAAAAAUAUGAAAGGCUUAUAGAAAUACAAGUUAUACAAUGUAAAAAUAUAAACAAAUGUAUGAUGUUUUCUUUUCAAUUUCUUUAUAAAAUAUAUUAAUUAUUUUUUAGACGAUAAUGGAUAUACAAAUGUAGGUCAAUUUUAUUCGUUAUUUUGGCUUUAUGAUGUAAAACUAUAAUACAUGACUGUAACAUUUGUCAAUAUACAGUUUAACAAAUUGUGCUAUCGAGUGUUUGAAUUAGAAAACAAUGAAAAAUUUGUGUUCUGUUAUUAUUUAUUUUCUUGUUUUUAUACCAUCCGAUGUUGCAAAAUAACAAAAAUAAAAUAAUAUUAUG